ACAAAAACAGGGAGAGAGAGUGAGGGGUGUACGUUGUUUAUGACAGAACAAUCUGACAGAUAACGCAUCACUCAUAAUGGUCCAAAGUCCAGACCUACCGCAGCCAGUGAAACACACUGGUAUUACAGAGGCAUUACAGAUCUCCCAGCUGUGCAAUAGGUGGCCCACAUCUGAGAAGGCUGUGUGUGUGUGUGAGACUGUUUAGGCCAGAAGACAGAGAUGGACAUCCUGGAAACAAAUGCUUACGACCGCAGACAACACAGGAACACGAUCUGUGUACUGUUUCUUUAUCUCCUCCCUUUUUUUGCAUCCUGUAUGAUAUACUUCUACCUGUGGAUCCCAGACUCCGCCCCCUCUCUUCUGGCUGCUGGCUUUAAGGCUACUCCCAUCCUCUGUCUGGUCCUUCUGGUGCUCAGCUAUAAUGGGGGGCGGAGUCUAGUGGGCGUGGCUGGAGGGUUGCUGCUCUCAGCGGGCGGAGACUGUUGCCUUAUUUGGCCAGAACUUUUUAUCCAUGGAAUGGGCUGUUUUGCACUGGCCCACUUGCUUUACUCUAUUUCCUUCCUGUCCUCUCGAUAUUCUGCAACAUCUUCGUCUUUCUCAUUCUUUAUCCUCUACCUCAUCCUGUGGUUGUUCGGCAUUGGCAUGUAUGUUUACCUGGUGCCCUUCCUACGUCUUGAUCCAGAAGCUGACCUUCUCGUCCCAGCCAUAGGGGGCUACAUGCUGCUCAUUGUCAUCAUGGCCACACUGGCUGCUCGUACCCGGCGGCCUCUCAUCCUGCUGGGCAGCCUGGUCUUCAUGGCCUCUGACCUCACGAUUGCACUGACAAAGUUCAAUGUCUUUGAUGUCGAAUACAAAAAGCACAUUAUUAUGACAACAUACUACCUGGCACAGCUGAUGAUUGCACUGGGAGAUGUGAAUGCAGCGCUGGAGGAGGAUGCUGAUGAUAUCCACAAGUGGAAGAGAUCAUAAGACUGCUGUCGAUGACUGAUGUUGGUUCAGUGAAAGCUUUUCACAGUAAACACACAACUACUGUG